CGAGACAAUACCGCGGCAAGCACCGAGGCCCAAAAACUCUCUUAAACACCGCUAAACCGAUCGUGGACCAAGUCCCAGCCAACCACACGAUAAUUGACGUGAUGAACGGGUCCCUUUGUCAGGAAUGACGAAGAGCAUUCGACGUCAAUCUUACUCGUAGCCAAGAUUUUACAUCUGCAAGCACUUACACUUACAUCUCUAUUUUUUGUCUUACGAUAGAUCUAUCUGAGUUAAAUUGUCUUAUCUUUAGAGUUACUUCAUCUGCCGAUAUGCCUUCCAACAACGCCGCCUGGCUGGUCGCCGCAAAGACGUCACCACUCGAGGUCAAGGAAGCCCCCCUCACCGAACCAUCUUCAGGCCACAUCCUCGUCAAAAACUCAGCCAUUGCGAUCAACCCCGUUGACAUCGCCAACCAAUACGUCGGCAUCUUCAUCCAACCCUCUCAAUACCCCGUUAUUCUCGGCGAAGAUGUCGCCGGCACCGUUGAAGCCGUAGGCCCUGAUAUCACCGCCUUCAAGCCCGGCGACAGAGUCCUGGGCUAUGCGACGUCACUCGCUACCAAGGAUAAUGCGCACAGCGCAUUCCAGGAAUACACGGUUAUUCGCGCCGAGUGCGCUUCUAAAAUUCCGGAGGGUUUGAGCUUUGAACAAGCUGCUGUUUUGCCGCUUUCGCUUGCUACGGCUGCGUGGUCGCUUUUCGGCGAUGUGACGCUGGCGAUGAGAUAUCCUAGUCUUAACCCUACGCCUACUGGGGAGACGGUUCUCAUCUGGGGAGGGGCAUCUAGUGUCGGUGGUUCAGCAGUUCAACUUGCUAAAGCGGCUGGCUACGAAGUAAUCACGACUGCAUCUGCCAAAAACCACGAAUACGUCAAGAGUCUUGGAGCAGACCACGUUUUCGAAUACAAGUCUCCCCAGGUCACCAAAGACAUCGCCUCUCUGCUCACCGGUAAGAAGCUCGCGGGUGCGUUUGACGCCAGUGGUUCAGAAGACGGCAUGAACAGCGCAAGCCAAUCGAUUGUUCACGCCGACGGUCUUCGCAAGCUCAUUUGCGUUCGAUCUGCCUCCUCUGAAGUCGCGGGCGUUGAGGCCAAGACUAUUCUUUCCAUUGGUAUUAUCAACACCCCUGUUGCCAAGGCUGUUUUCGGGGACUAUAUACCCGCUGCUUUGGAGCAGGGCAAGUUCAAGGCUGUUCCAGAAGCGGAGGUUGUUGGAAAGGGUCUAGAGGCUGUUCAGCUGGGCAUCAAUACGCUCGCCAAGGGCGUUUCGGCUAAGAAGAUCGUUGUUGCUCUGUAAAGAGGAAUA